GAAGAAGAAGAAGAAGAAGAAGAAGAAGAAGAAGAAGAAGAAGAAUAUCUGCAAAAAGAUACCUGAUUCGGUAGAACCAGGUAAUGUAGCGCAACUUCCUCCAGUUUGGAUGAAAGCCGAGCUCGGCUGCCCAGGGCCUGGUGAAGGAAACUCUGCAGAGAAGCUGACGACAGAAGCAUGGAGCAGCUGGAGCCGCGGCGGAGGGACACAGGAGCGGACAAAGACGACAAGCUGCGACACGCCGUGGAAGAUGGUCAGUUAGAUGUUAAGCAGAUGCUGAUGGUUAAGGAAGAAGCUCCUGAAGACCACAGAUCUGUCGCUGAGCUGCAUGACCCAAAACCCCGGCAGAUAAAGGAGGAAGAGGAGGAAGUCUGCAUCAGUCUGGGAGGAGAACAGCUCAACAAAAUGGAGGAGAUUGAUGUUACUCCCAUAAAGAGUGAGGAGGAAAUACAGUCCAUUCCGCUCUCACAGAGUCUUUAUGAAGAUCUAAUUAAAGAGAGAGAUCUUCCAGAAGAGAAUGAUGAGGGAGAAUCCAUCAAGACAGAAAAUCACGAAGAUGGUUCCGUUUUAUCAGAGAUUGAAGUUGUCGUAAAGGAUGAAGAGGACGAUGAUGUCUCUGAGCUGAAUCAUUUGCCCGACUCUGGACUGGAAACGAAGGACGAGGAUAAAGACUGGAUGGAGAGUGGAGACCCCGAGGCAGAUGGAAACAUCUUUUCUGAGUUUGCUGAACAAUUUCUUCACAAUCACUCUAUUCAGAAGCGCAUGGCGCAUUCGGACAUGAGAUCUGCAGCCUCUAUGGAUAACAACAAAUGUUUUACAGAGAAAGAGACGGAAAGGAAAGUCCAUGCAGGAGAUACCUUUAGCUGUGAGGAUUGUGGAAAAACCUUUGUUAGAAAAUACAAUUUUAACAGACACAAGCGAAUCCACACAGAGCAGAAAUCUUUCUGUUGCGAGCUUUGUGAAGAACGAUUUAACCGUAAAUCAAGUUUAAAUUUACACAUGAGAAUUCACACAGAAUACAAACCCUUCUGUUGUGAUCUUUGUGGACAAGGAUUGAGGCACAAGCGCAGCUUAAAUGCACACAUGAGAAUCCACACAAAGCAGAAACCCUUCAGUUGUGAGCUUUGUGAACAACGAUUCAACCGUAAAUCAAGUUUAAACACACACAUGAGAAUCCACACAGGACACAAACCCUUCUGUUGCGAUCUUUGUGGACAAAGCUUUCGCCACAAAUCCAAUUUAAGUACGCACGUCAGAAGCCACACAAGGCAGCAACCUUUCUGUUGUGACAUUUGUGGACAAAGACUUCGCUACAAAUCAAGUCUAAGCAUACACAUGAGUAUUCACGCUGGACAGAGACCCUUCUGUUGUGACCUUUGUGGGCAAAGAUUCGUCAACACGUCACAUUUAAACUCGCACAAGAGAAUCCACACAGGACUGAAACCUUUCUGCUGCGAUGUCUGUGGAAAACGAUUUGCCCACAAACCGCACUUAAGUGCACACGCGAGAGUCCAUACGGGACAGAAACCUUUCUGUUGCGAUUUGUGUGGUAGAAAGUUUAGUGAAAGAGGAAAGUUAAAAAGACACAUGAGAAUCCACAACUGAGGGCAAAUAGCUUGGCGAGGAAUACUAAGCUAUUUCACUAAGGUGUUGGCUGUGAAAUAUGUCAUUAAAGACAACUGUAUUCACUUGGUUUCAGUAUUUUUCUAGUGGUUGAUUUAAAUAACAUUACAUUGAUAGCCUGUGCUAUUCCCUGUUUUUCAUCUAAAUUGAGCCGUGUAUUCUUUUUGCAUGCAGAUAAUUUUUUUAAGAGAAUCGGAUCACCUGUCUGUCAUGAAGAAAGGUGAGUUCGUGGUGACCUUGAGUCAAGAGAAUGUCUGCUAAUCCAUGAACUAAAGCAAAUCACCAGCAGGACGAUGAUCCCAAACACAGCAGGAAAUCCAGAAAGAUCAUCCAAAGAGAAUUAAGGUACGGCGACGGCCUAGUUAAAACCCACACCGUCUUAUUUCUGAAUAAGAAAACCGUUUCUAGUUACUGUUAUAUUGUGAGUUUGGCUUGUUUGUGAUGCAUUUAGUUUUGAUAUGUUUGUCUAAGUCUGCGUUGUGUUAUUUUGAUUAAAUGUGUGGAUAGAA